CUUCAAAUCCAAAAGAUGAAAAUAUAUUUUGCAUUGAAAAUACAAGAUGUAAUGUUGUUUAUUCGUCAAUUUUUCAACGACAUUACUAUUAUUGCAGCGGUUGCCUGGAGGAAAGAAGAGGUACCUCUCCUUGGAGACUUCCCGGGAUGCAAAACUCAAGCGCAAGACACAAGAAUGGAGCGCAAUACUGCUGCUGUCUGAUUGGCGAAACGUCCAUCGCUUCAUCUUUUCACAUUAGUUCUACUCGACGAAGCUCUAACCAGGUCUAUUGCAACCAGGACUCGACCACGAGACAUCUAACUUGUAGAGACAGUAGGCUAACAUUUGUCUCGGGUUUGUUUAUUCGGAAAAGCCUAUUAUUUAAGAAAUAGGCGGACGGCUUUUCCGUGGUGCUGAAGAUAGGACUUCGCUGAUCUACGAGUGAGGAGAAUCAGUACACGAGCUCACACCUGUCAGCUUUAUGAUAUCAGGUGCUUUCGCUAAGGCAGGAGUCUGAGCUGAGGCAGGAUAGCAGGAUGCUGUGGGUGGAGUGUAGGAUAGUGGACGCCCUGCGUGGGAGAAGACGGAUGAGGGCCACGGCCGUCAAGCUGCCCUGCUCCUUCUGGUUCCUUCUGCUGUUCGGGGCUGGAGGCCUUGUCCUCUUCAUACACCUCCAGGAUCUCUCAGAGAUGGUCCAGCAACAGGCUCCAGGUGUGAAGCGAAGAGGAACAGCUCGGCAGUCCAGAGAGGCGCUGUGUACUCAGGACAGUGGGGGUGUGAGAGUCAGCCCAGGCCAGGACCAGAGACCGGCUGUGGAAGGCCUAACCAGCCCCAUCCCCCCCAUGCAGUUCCCUGCCUUCCAGUGGACCAGACAUUCAGCUACCCCUGGCUCUAGGGAACAGGACUUGGGCUCCCUGCGCGUCACCAAGCGCCACAGGAAACUACUGAAAACCAGCCCUGUGGUCUCUAACAACUCACACAACUCCUCCUCGUCCUCCUCGGGUUCCCCGGACUCUCCUGAGGAGAGCUGGCAGUGGCACAGACUGUCCCACAUCCAGGAAGCUCGGCGGACGCUGAUGAAGGAGGUCUGUGCCAAGUACAAGAGCAGCAUCUCCAGGACCAUCACACCUCACCAUGUGUCCCGGAUCUAUGUGGAGGACAAGUACAAGCUGUUGUACUGCGAGGUGCCCAAGGCGGGCUGCUCCAACUGGAAGAGGAUCCUCAUGGUGCUGUCUGGCCUGGCGUCGUCCACCCACGAGAUCAAACACGACGCUGUCCACUACGGCAACCACCUCAAGAGGCUGGACAGCUUCGACCGCCAGGGCAUCACGCAGCGCCUGGAGACUUACACCAAAGUCCUGUUUGUCCGCGAACCCCUGGAGAGGCUGGUGUCCGCCUUCAGGGACAAGUUUGAGAACCCCAACACCUACUAUCAUCCUGUAUUCGGGAAGCCCAUCAUCUCCAAGUACAGGGUGAACGCCUCCAAGGUGGCCCUCAGGACAGGCAGCGGAGUGACCUUCCAGGAGUUCAUGCAGUAUCUGUUGGAUGUGCACAGGCCUGUGGGCAUGGACAUUCACUGGGAGCCUACCAGCCAGCUCUGCAGCCCCUGUCUGCUGGACUACAACUUCAUCGGCAAGUUUGAGACCAUGGAGGAGGAGGCUAAUUUCUUACUACGUAGAACUGGUGCCCCGCAUAACCUCACCUUCCCCAGUUUUAAAGACAGGAACCCCAAGGCUGAGAGGACUUCAACUCAUUUAACCCAUCGUUACUUUGCACAGCUCAGCACUUCAGAGAGACAGAGAGCUUAUGACUUUUAUUACAUGGACUACCUUAUGUUUAACUACUCCAAACCUUUUAAAGAUUUGUAUUGAUUGUCUCUCUGAUCUCUGUUUGAGUCCUCAAAUCUCCCCUGGCUUUAAGUGGAGGAGCGCACCAUUUACAAGUAUUACUAGAAGAUCAUCACAUGAAAACAAUGUCUCGGUCAGGCAUGUCGAUGUGGUCCUGUAUUAAAUACCGAUGCCUAACUGCAAAACAUUGAACUCACAAACAAUGUAUCACUGCACAGUCAGUGACGUGAAAAGACAGUUCAAUGCUUUAAAAUGUGUUACGUGAAGUGGUACCCACCUGUCAUUUUUUGCACUUAGUGUAGCAAAUUCUUUCAAAUUCUCCAAAAACAUAUUGACUCAGACUGAGCAUUAGUCUGCCACACUACUGCUGGAGAGUGUGUCUGGACAGUCUUAUAGGGCAGCAUCCCCCUUAAGUAUCCCUAAGUACUACUUUACCACACCAUCCCACUACCCUUUAGAAUACACAUCCUCAUCACUGUCAUCAAGGCUUUUUCUGACACUAAUAUUUAAAAACUGUACAAAUGGCAUUCAGAUGACUAUAUAUAUUUUUCUAUGUAUUUCUAUAAUGGAUAUAUUCACUGCUUCUUUGUGGGGAUUUUCAUUUCUGAUAGCACUGAAUGUUAUUUCAGUAAUUAUAUGGUGAGUGUAUGUAGAGAAUAUCUGGCUAUAUUUAGGCCUCUUGGGUCCCCCUGUACAUCAGACCCUGUAAAACACAUGUCAAACUCAUUCCAUGGAGGGCCAAGUGUCUGCAGGUUUUUGCUCCUCCCUUGUACUUGACUGAUCAAUGAAGGUCAUUGAUUAGUUAGGAACUCUCCUCACCUGGUUGUCUAGGUCUUAAUUCGACACAAAUAUGAAGGAAAUAACAAAAUCCAGCGUACAGUCGACCCUCCAUGGAAUGAGUUUGACACCCCUGUUGUAAAACAUGCUGGUUAACACAUGGACACGUAGAAAUUCCACUCCAAUCUUUCCCUAAUGACCCGAUAAGCCCCUGCAGUGAAAUAUCACUGCAGUGUUAGAGAGAACAGAACACUGACACCAUCUCUUAUACUGACACUGACAAAGUCACAAGGCACCUUAUCCUACCCAACUCUGCCUCUGUGUGUGUGUGUGUGUGUGUGUGUGUGUGUGUGUGUGUGUGUGUGUGUGUGUGUGUGUGUGUGUGUGUGUGUGUGUGUGUGUGUGUGUGUGUGUGUGUGUGUGUGUGUGUGUGUGUGUGUGUGUGUGUGUGUGUGUGUGUGUGUGUGUGACAGAGAGUAAGACGUGUGUGAGAGAGAACAACUGGAGCUGCUGCUCUGAUCUCUUUUCAUGGCUCUGAGGGGGAGUAAGCCCUGGCCCACAGCCCAGACACACUCAGACCUUGGUCCCACACAAGACAGACAACUGUGAGGACAGUUUUAUGAUGAGAUCUCUCAACAGGGUAACAACUUACACAACCCAUAAUAACACAUCAUCUACUGUCCCACAAACUGUACAGGCAAUGGGUUGUAGGAUCUGUGUGAGAAAGCUAGUGUUCAGAGAAGCCAGCAAUUGGAGCAGUAUUUCAAAAUAUCCUCUUUUACCUCCUAUGAACAACACUGAUUUAUAGCUCCACAGUAGAGUACCACAGCUAUUCUGCACAGUGGGACGGCAGGGAGAGGCAAGCACACUUGGGGCCAAUCAAACACAGUUUCCUGGAUAAAUCAGAAAUAUGAUUCUUCCCUGGCUGCUAGAACGCUGGGUUGUUUGGCUUUGUUAAAUCCGUCUGUAACAGAAAGAAACUCAAUUGCACAUGCUGUUGUGUUGUGACGUGUAUACAGGUCAUGUUAUCGACUUGUCCCUGAAACGUGGUUUCUGUUUUUAACUGAAUAGGCCCCUAAUAAGUAAGUAGAAUGUUCCUCUAGGAUACAGCACAGGGGGAGGUGCCUUUCUCUAUGUGACCAAUUACAAAGAAAUGCACAUUAUUUGAAUUAUAUAUAGACACUAUAUUGAGAUUUUAAUAUAUUUUUUAAGAAGAAACAGAAAGAGAUUACAUAUUUAUGAUUGCAAAUAUUAUAGGAUUAUGUCAAUGUAGUGUGUUGGCUUUUGCAGUUCCAAAAUCUAUAUGUUGUUUAGAUGGUGGUCUGAUUCUAUGUAGUUAGCCAGACUCCGGUCCAAAGCUAAAUAGCAUAAUAUAGGUGUUACUUUAACCUACAAAAUUCUCCCUCACUCACCAACCCUGUUCUAUGGGGUUUCUUGGAAAUGUAAGUAUGUGGGUCUAUGGGUACAACACAGAUAUAUCAAAACUAUUUACGGUAACAAGUGAAUGUAUAACUGUUUUAUCGUUGGUGCAAAAGUGUAUAAAUACCUGUACAUGGUCUGGAACCCUUUGCCUUAUUUUACACUGCCAAUCAAAAGGUGUAUUUCAGGAAGACAUUCUGCAGGUGGUUGGUUUCUGUCUGCUGAGUGUCUACUAAUAAACUGUCUUUAGCAUUUUCACAAUGCUGCUUCUUUUUCAUGCUUAACACUCUCAACAAACCAUUAAAAUG